AUGACAUUUUCGAGCGAAUCGCCGCAGAGGCCUCGCACCUGGCGCACUAGUAAAAUGCGUUUCGCCAUCACCUCUCGGGCGAUCCAGACCACCAUGGGUCUCCUGCCCAAGCUGCCAAAGCAUGAAGAUAGCGAAGGUACAUGGAUUGGCUCCAAGUACACCCACGCCAAGACUAAACCUCGCGUGUCGCUACGUGGCGUGGGCGGGCGCGUUGGCGACCGACGAUUCGCGUCGGAGCGACGCGACGGUCGCGCCGAUCGCGGAAGGUAUCGCCGGGCCGCGGGGAGACCUAAUUGCGGCGCGGGCGACGCUGGCGCGGCGGCGGCGGACGCCCGAGUGACGGAUCGCGCGCCGGAGCCCAGGUGCGCCGUCGCGACGCCGCUGACGGACAACCGGCCGCCCGCCACCGCCGGCGCUCGCCCCGGCUGCCACUCGCGCCAAGGAAGACCUAGCGAAGGCUCCCCGUGUCGCCGAUCUAAUGAAUUCGAUGAUUCAUGGGGGCACGAGGCGGCAGCGGAGGCGGCGGUGAAGGUGGAUGUGGAGGCGGCGAUGAGGCCAGCGAAGAAGAAGAGGUGGAGGCGACGGUGA